AUGAAGUCCCCACAGAUGCAAUCCCUAUCACCAUGGACAACCGUCGCUUUCUCGGCUCUCGUCCUGCAAUGCGUUAUCAUCAACACAGCCACGGCAUUUAAUUUCGACCCGAUGAAAGUGAUCUACACGUCGGCGCCGGUGGCUAAACGAAGCAACGAAAACCUGCAGACGUUUACGGGGGGUUAUGGAGGAUCUGCGCCUGCAAUAACAAAUACUGGGGACUCGCAGCGACCGUAUGGGGUGGAUGGGGAUACGUUUCCGGAUUACGAUUCUGCUGCUCAGCGGAGCUGCGAUAAUCAAUUCAAUUCCUGUCAGGAAAUUGCCAAUACGGAUCAAUCGGCGGGUUUCUCGCUCGAGGAUUGUCAGAGUCAAUCGACCAACUGUGCCUCUGCGCAAUCUUCUGCGUCAGUGACGUCCUUUUCUCCAGCCACAUCGGUGGCGGAUACCUCUACUUCCAGCUCCUCUACCUCCUCCUCUUCCUCUAGUACCAGUUCCAGUUCCAGCUCUACCUCUACUUCUACCUCCAUGUCUACAUCCACAUCCAGCUCGUCCAGUACGAGCUCGGGCAAUUUCGCACAGACGACAAUCGCAUACGAUUCAGAGUUCGAUUUAGUUUGUGACCUGUAG